CAUACACAUACAUGUAGACGGAUUCGAGUGUGUAAAGUGUACAUACUAUACGCGGUUAAAUUCGCAAAAAUGGAUUUCCCAAAAAACACCGGGCCUCGGCAGUAGCGAGCCGGAGCUCUAUGGCUGUAAUACUCGCUCUGCGAAUAUUAAACGAGCAACGGUGAAUCAGUCUGUAAGUUUCGGGAGAUAGCGGCGUAGCCCAUAUUACAUUAAUACGCAGCGUUUAUAAAAACGUAGCCUGCCGUGCGGCAGCAGUUUUAUAUAUUGGUGAUACAUCGUGAUGAGUGCAUGAAAUACGAAAAAAAAGACAAGAAAAUAGUCAAGUGCAGUGCCAGUGUUUACACGCGGUAAUUGUGUCCUUGCUGUCGUGCAGUGUGCGCGCCAUUGUUUUGAUGUGGAGGCGGUGCAGUGCAUGGUAUUGAAAAGCACAGCAGUCGAAAAAAAUCGCCGCAUCGAAUCCGCAUAGAAAAAGACUCGAUCGAAGCAAUGUCGAUCGGGGAAUUUUGCCACAAGCUCAAGCUGAUAGUGGCCACCCAAUGGAGGGUGCGCUUCUACAGCUGCAGGCGACACUUUUAUGCCUGCUUCGUGCCAUGGGUCGUGUGGCUGAUCCUGCACACGAUGCACAGCCACCACCUGCCUCUGCCGCGGGAUCGGUUCGAGCUGCGCGACAGCUAUCUGAACAUCACAGCGCUGAGGCCGAUGAAGUUCGAGGGUGAGCACGCCGUGUAUUACGCACCCAAGAACGACUUCACCGACAGGCUCAUGCAGACCUUUCGCAACGACUGCUUUCCGCUGACGCCGAGGAACGAUCGCGACGCCUGGGACAAUUACUAUGGCACGAGAUUCAGCAUCAGGAUCGAGGGCUUUCCCAACGAGAAGGAGCUGCUCAAGGCGUAUCGCGCGAUCGAGGUGAAGGAGUCGGACUCGCGCUACUCGAAGCCGCGCACCAACUACGCGGGCGUGAUCUUCGCCGCCAAUUUCAGCGAGGCCAGCAAGACCCUACACUACAAGAUACAGUCGAGAUAUCUGAACUACGACCGCCUGUUUUACGAGCAGAUCGAGUGGUGGGAGCCGGUCGGCGACGAGUACCUGAUCGAGACCAAUCGGAUACUCGCGACCCAGGCCUGUCUCGACGCGUCUUUCAUCAAACUGAAGACGGAGAACAAUCCGGCUCGCCCGAAGUACGAUAUCGCGCUGAAGAGAUUGAAUCUACCGAACGAGAGGGAUUUUUCUAAAGUAGAUUACGUUUACACAUCAUAUGUGACCAAGUUGCCAAUAGCUACUGCAUUGAUUUUGGCUUCCUUGUUGGUCCCAAUUGCUUUUGAAGUCUACUAUGUAAUUUUAGAUCAUAAGCAUGGCAUCGAUAUCUUACUCGACUCAAAUGGCGUGUCCAGAGCAAUGUACUAUUUUAUUGCAUACAUACAUUCAAUUGUUUACCUGUCCUUCAUCAUCAUGAUUGGAGCUUUGCUAACUUGCAAUAUGUUUGACUAUACUGGAUCAUUCUUUGUGCAGAGUGACACAUCUUUACUGAUUGUGUUACUUACACUUUUUGCUGCCCAUUACACUGUACUGCUGAUCAAUAUAUUUUUAAUAAUGAGAAAUACUUUAUUGAUUAUUUCAACUUGGCUCGCUUACUUUGUGGGCACCUUGUUGCUCUCUGCCAUGCCCAUACAAAACAUCUGCUUUGAGACACUUGUUCUUCUGGGAAUAUACUUUCCAAGUGCCUGGUAUUUUAAAAUACUAAGAGUGGCUGAGUACCUGGAAAUGAAUAGAGAGGGAUUGCUGUGGAGAGAUGUACUAAAUAAUUCCUUUUUACAAAAUCCACAAUUAGCUAUGGGCUUUGCCAUGCUUCUUUCAAUUUUUGUUGUUUCGUACUUUGUGAUUGCGACAUUACUUUGGGCAAAACCAUCAAUAACCAGACAAUUGAAAGUCAAAAUAAAGAGCGAUUCAAGUUUAAUAUAUCCUAAUGUUGAAGAAACCUCACCUAAAAGUAACCCAGUUAUAGAAUUGAAGAAUGUCAAUGUUUUCAAUAAUGAUGCAAGCUUGAGAAAUGUCAGCAUUGAGUUUUAUGAAGGAGAAAUAACAAGCGUUAUAGAAUGCAAUGGCCAGAGCAAUCACACUUUAUUGAGAGCUUUAUCAGAACCAAAAUUAAGUAAAAUGGCCAUAAAUAUGCCUAAACGUAAAGUAGGAAUUUUCACGGGGACGGAUUGCUUCAUAUCAAAUCUCACAGCUCAUGAAAAUUUAAGAUUCAUGGCACAGCUCAGAAAUGAAGGAAAAAGUAGUUAUGAAGUUGAACAAGAUAUCGAUGAUAUUGCUCAGACUUUCAAAUUACCACACGCAUUUGACUGGGUUAAAGCGAAAAAUCUUAAAAAAGGACAGCAGAGACGUUUAAGCCUUGCUAUGACUAUGGUCGGAGACACAAAUGUCGUUCUAUUAAGUAAUCCAACCAAAGGUUUAGAUAAAGAUGACAUAUGCAUUAUUUGGGAUGCUCUCCAGAAACUUAGAAACUAUAAGAAAGCCAUUAUUGUUAGCACCGGCAGUAUGUCGGAAGCGGAAGUCAUAAGCGAUCGAAUCGCCGUCUUGACCACCGGAAAACUCGAGUGCUACGGAACACCAAAAUACUUGAAAGAACGUUAUGCGCCUGAAGCGUGUUUCGGUUACGCGGCUCGCAAGUGGAAGGACAGCGACGAAACGGACGAGGGCUCCGACGAAUUGAGAAAUCUCAAUAAACAACCCAAAAAAGUUCUGGGUGAACCUACACUCGCAGACCUUUUCUCGGACGUACACGAAGCUAUUGAAGUUCAGGAGCUUGCGUCGCCGUUCGUCAACUACAAUAAAUUACUCGACGCUGACGAUCCCAUGAAGAAAUUAAAAAAGCUGAGGGAUACGCGUCGUUACGUCUUAAACAGAUACCUCCGCAGACGUAAAUCAAUAUUUUUGAUGUCGACAAUAUUCGGAUUGCUAUUGCUCGGCGUGGCGGAACAUAUUUCAAUUCUAAAUAUGCCAAUUAUCAACGUACCCGAGACCAUUAAAAUAACUCCGAAUAUGUAUCAAAAUGCAGAAACCUACGUUUCCGCUUUUAAUGAAAGCAUAGAAAAUAAUUACGGUUCGUUCAACCAUUGGAAAUCGGUAAAACUAGCUGGAGCCAAUCUUACGAACGCGCUCUAUCAGAGGGCAAAGGACCAGUUAGCGACAUUUGGCUCGCGCUUGGUGGCAGCCGCCGAGUUCAGCGAGACGGCGAAUGGCACCAUCGUUGGGAGUGCCAUAUUCACAUCGAAAGCCGUGUACAGCUUGCCGAUCUCGUUGAAUCUCGCCAACAACGCCUUGCUCAAGUACAUGACCGAUUUCGAGCACGACAUUCGCGUGCACCUGCAACGUAUACCCAGCAUGGACUCGCUCUUCACCCUCAGAGAUUACAAUCAAUGGGUGGCCGUCAGUUGGGCCCUCUCUUUUCUUACCUGGCUCGUAUUACUGGUGCGAAACUUUUUGUACUUGCCACUGGAAGAGAACGUGAAAAAGAUGAAGCACUUGCAGAUUAUGGCUGGUAUGCCUAAGAUAGUGUAUUGGGGCUAUUGGCCAUUUUAUGACUUGGUGUUAGGCCUGGCUUGUAUAGCCGUUGUGUUGAGUACAAUAUUUUAUCUGGAUGUUUACAAAGGAGCGCAUUUCCAUACUCCAGAAUCAAUGACUUUGAUAUCCAUGAGCUGCGUGUACUUCCUAAUGAGUGGAUUGGGUAUCAGUUACAUCUUCAGUUGCAUAAGAAUGAGUAAGACAUUCGUUGCAAGGAUGAUGAUUGGAGUCAUCAUCGUUACGAGCAUGGCAGAUUUUAUUUUAAUCGCCGUAGUUGACAGGCAUGCCGUUAAUUGGUUGAAUCUGGUUGCUUACUUCUCACCGUACCAUGCCCUUUUCAUGAGUAUUGUGAGCAUUUGUCAAACUAAUCUUACAAAUAACAAGUGUAAAUUUACGCCGAACGAAUAUCAAGAUCCAAAGUGCACGGAAUAUAGAUACGACGCGUGUUGCCGUAUGCACUGUUACGAUGGAGUAUGUAAAUAUCCAAUGAGGUAUAUGGAAUUCUACGGAAGAGAUAUACCACUGGUGGUACCCUUUGUUUACAGUAUCAUUUUGCCAUUCUUUAUUUUCUUCAUACUCUACGUUGCGGAGAGUCCAAGGAAAUAUUACCAUCAGUUUUUAAGUCAUCUUCGUUCGAAAACGAUUUUGCGCAAUUUUGAAAACCCAAGUGAAUCAAUGGUUAAGGAGAAACAAAUCAUUUCUCAAAAAGUUGCGGAAUUAAAGGGUGAAACCUAUACUUUCGCCAAUCAAUAUUUGCAGAAUGAAAACCAGCCACCAAAACGAACGGGUAAUGUUCCAUGUCUCGAUGAUGAAGUAAUCGUUGUCCACGAGCUGUGCAAACGUUCAUUCACGAAACAGCUUGUUUACGACGUUAGUUUUAGAGUUCACGAAGGCGAAUGUUUGGGAAUUGUGAGUCCAUAUAAAGCUGGAAAAUCUACCUUACUGGAAAUGAUAGUUGGAGUUCAAACCCCCGAUGAUGGAUCUAUUUUCAUUAAGGGAAAAAAUUUCAGAUUCAAACAAGAUGAAAUACUGGAAAAAAUGGCAUACUGUCCACAAGAAAACUUUUUAUACGACGAGCUAACAAUUGCAGAACAUUUCCAUAUUUUUUCGAGACUCAGAAACCUUCCUGAGAAAUUAGGAGUAGCUGAAACAGAUUACUGGAGCGAUGUAUUCCAAAUCAAAAAAUAUUUGAAAUUCAAAGGAAAUGUUUUAACCACAAACGUGAGAAAACGCACAAUGAUGGCAUUAACCGUAAUGGGUGGACCGGAACUGUUGAUACUCGAUCAACCUACAGCUGGAUGCAACGCAUACAGCAAACGGAUUAUCUGGACCGUCAUCAAAUCGUUAAAAGCAGCUAGAUGUACAAUUUUGAUAGCUACUGACAAUUUCGAUGAAGCCGACAUUCUUUGCGACAGGGUCUCUAUGAUUGUUAAAGGGCAAUUGAUGAACAAUUUAGUUCCUAAAAGUCAUGAAGAGUGAAAAGCAUUGAUUUUAAACAUUUUAAUAUUUUAAAGUACGUAUCAAACUCUUGUUUUAUUUUAUAAAGACAUUUUCAGAAUUUUUUCAAAUGUGAUUUUCAAAUCAUCUUA